AUGUUCUCGCGGUUGAGGCUGUUGUACCUCCGCGCCCUGGCGCUCGUCGGCCUGUCGGGUCGGGUCGAGAUCGUCCAUCAUCCGUCACCGCGGGUGCUCGUCAGGAUCGAUCCAAAGACGGGAGACAAGAUCAAAACCGGUUUGGACGAGGUGAUCAAGCGGUGCAAGAGUCUCAGCGGCGACGGAGGCUGGUACACGCCUACGGCUUGGCUCAGCAGGUGAGCUCGCAGCCCGCCGCUGAUCGCACAUCGACGUAGCCGUAGUUCGAGCUGCUGGCGCGUCGCAGCAAGCUGAUCUUUGGGGCUGAUGCGCAUCUUCGCAGUGGUCAUCUGGCGACAAUCUGGUGCACGAUCGCCAAGUUUGACUAGUCAGUACCACACUGCCGCAUGUGCAAAUGUUUCACUUUGCCGAACGCUGAUCAUUUUUCCUUCUCCUUCGGCAUUUUUCCUCGGCUCCUCUGCUUGCCCGCUUCCGUCGCGAUGUCUUUGUCUUCGGUUCGAAUCGGAAUCCACAGCGAUCACCUCAUCUACUCGAGGCAUACAAUCCGUGUGCCCGAUGGAGGAACGUUGUGCCUCGACAUCACUCCGCCCAUCAGUGCCGACUCGCCCAUCAUCGAGAACCAGCCAAUCCUUGUCGUCUGCCACGGUCUCACCGGAGGCUCGCACGAAUCCUACGUCCGGGACGUCUUGACGCGAGUCACCAAACCCAAGGACCAAGGUGGACUGGGAUGGCGAGGUCUAGUCGUCAACUCUCGAGGUUGCGCUGGAACACCCGUCACGAGCGCAAAACUUUACAGCGGGGGCACGACCGACGAUUUGCGGUGCGCUCUUGCUUUCUUGGGACGUCUCGCACCCCAAGCCCCACUGUACGGAAUCGGUUUCUCGCUGGGCGCGAACCAGCUGGCCAAAUACCUCGGUCUCGAAGGCGAGCGGACCGCGUUGAAAGCCGGUCUUGUCCUCGGCGCUCCAUGGGAUUUCGUCGAUGGCCACGUCGUGCUGUCGAGUUCAUGGUUGAGGUUGAUCUAUUCGAGGGCGAUGGCUGCGAACUUGAGGAGGAUCCUCAAACCGCAUCAGGCCCUGUUCGAGCCUCUUGAAGAGGUCGACUGGGAGGCGAUCUAUGGCAACCCUUACCAGACAUUGUAGGUCAUUGGCAUCUCAGCCCCCUCGCGGUAGGCAGUCUUCCAAGCGCACGUCACUGAGAGCAGCAUGUGUUCCUCGUACAGGUACGAGUUCGAUUCACUCUUCACCGGCCCUGUAUUCGGAUUCGUGAGUAUGCUCUGAAGGUUUAGGAGCGUUGCCAAGGUGAGCGAGUCGCUGACCCUUCUGCGAUCGGUACGCAGCGAUCGGGAGUUCACUAUUACCGAUGGGCAUCGGCGAACCAAAACGCUUCUGGGAUCGCUGUACCCACUCUCACGUUCUCCGCCAAAGACGAUCCGAUCGUGGCGAGCGCCACCGUUCCGGACCAACUCGCGCAAUCGAACCCCAAUCUCAUCUUUGCGAGCACGAAACACGGUGGUCAUCUCGGUUGGUUCGAAGGCUUCUUCCGACCCAGAAGGUGGAUCUCGAAGCCUGUCUUGGAGUUCUUGAGGGAGAUCGAGAGGGCGGAUGAUGGAUUGCCGAGAAGGGCCGCGGAGAUCAUCGGUGCACAGCCGGGGGCGGUCGCCAAGAGGCCCGAAGUGGGGGAUGAGAUGGUCUUGGUCAAAGGCAUGGAGGAGACGGUUGGGUUCAAGUUGAUCAAAGAGGAGUUGCAUGACGAAGCGGCGACGCCAGGGAGUGAGGCACCGGAUCUGACGAAAGGGUUAUAG